AUGACGCCACCACCAGCGCCAACCAUGGCCGCACGUAGCAACGCCGUCCACGGUGGGCGCCGACAGCACGUGCUCCUGUUCCCGCUCCCGUACCAGGGCCACAUCAACCCCAUGUUCCGGCUCGCCGGCCUCCUCCACGCCCACGGCUUCGCCAUCACGGUGUUCCACACCCAGUUCAAUGCACCGGACCCGGCGCGUCACCCGGACUACCGCUUCGUCCCCGUCCCCGACGGCAGCCCCGUGCCCGUCGCCAUCGAGGACGUCGUCGCUCAGAUCCUGGAGCUCGGCGUCGCGUGCGAGGCCGCCUUCCGGGACCGCCUCGCCUCCGUUCUGGACGAGUACUCCAGGGACGCCGUCGCGUACCUCGUCGCCGACACACACCUGCUGCCGAUUUUCGAGGUGGCCGCGAGGCUCUCCGUGCCCACGCUGGCGCUGCGCACCGGCAGCGCCGCCUGCUGCGCGUGCCUCCUCGCGUACCCGAUGCUCUUCGAGAAAGGCUACCUCCCCGUGCAAGGCAUGCAGUCGCAGCGUGACAUGCCGGUGACCGAGCUGCCGCCGUACCGAGUGCGCAUCGGUGAGGAUGACGGCGGGCUCAGGCUGCGCCGCGAGCUGGAGGGCCUGCGGCGGGGCCUCGCUGUGCCGGUCUUCGACAUUGGCCCGCUCCACAAGCUCUCCCCUGCCGUCGACAGCAGCCUGCUGCUCCCGGACCGGAGCUGCCUGGAGUGGUUGGACGCGUUCCCGCCGGAAUCGGUGCUCUACGUGAGCUUCGGCAGCGUGGCCUGCAUGAGCCCGCGGGACCUGGUAGAGACGGCGUGGGGCAUCGCCGGCAGCGGCGUGCCGUUCCUCUGGGUGGUCCGGCCGGGCAUGGUCCACGAGUCCGCGGACGACCACCGUCUCCCCGAGGGGUUCGAGGCCGCGACGCGCGAGCGCGGCAAGGUCGUGGCGUGGGCGCCGCAGGAGGAGGUGCUGCGCCACCGCGCCGUGGGCGGGUUCUGGACGCACUGCGGCUGGAACCUCGAGAGGGGCCGCGUCGAGGCGGCGAUCCGACGGCUCAUGACCGACGAGACGAGGGCGAGAGCCGGCGAGGUGAAGAAGGCGGCAGCGGAGUGCACCGGCGAGGCCGGGUCGUCGCGCCUUGCCUUUGAUAAGCUCAUCACGCACAUGAUGUCACUGUAA